GCCCCUCAGAAGGCAGGGGUCCACAACCAAGCUUCGGAGAGAGGGGCUCAACGAUAAACACCUGCAGGGCGGAGCCGGGGAGAUCCGUCCUACUCCCGGCUCAGAAAUCUUGGUCGGGGCGGGGGCGGGGAGAACCUGCCAGUGGCUGCGCUCAGCUUUGCAUAGCAAUACACAGCUUUGCAUAACCAAAGCAGGCAGGCAUUUAAAGGCGCCGCCGCCGCCACAGCUCUUGUCGUUAACUCCGCGCACACCCGCCCUUCGCAAUGCAACCCCGGCUGCAGGCUCCGCUCCUGAUCGCUCUGGGCUUGCUUCUUGCCGGCCCUGCGGCCCCUGCGCGCGUCCGCCUGAACCAGCUCAGUAGCUUUUCCUGGGAUAACUGUGAUAAAGGAAAGGACCCUGCGGUGAUCAACAGCCUGAGUCUGGAACCUGACCCCAUUGUCAUUCCUGGGAAUGUGACCGUCAGUGCCGAGGGCAAGACCAGUGUCCCCCUCAGUUCUCCUCAGAAGGUGGAAUUAACCGUGGAGAAGGAAGUAGCUGGCUUCUGGGUCAAGAUCCCAUGUGUGGAACAGAUUGGCAGCUGUACCUAUGAAAACUUCUGUGAUAUCCUUGACACUCUCAUUCCCCCUGGGCAGCCCUGCCCAGAGCCUCUGCACACAUAUGGGCUUCCCUGCCACUGUCCCUUCAAAGAAGGCACCUACUCACUGCCCAAGAGUGAUUUCGCUGUGCCUGACCUGGAGCUGCCCAGCUGGCUCAGCAGUGGGAAUUACCGCAUCGUGAGCAUCCUGAGCAGCCAGGGGAAGCGUCUGAGCUGCGUCAAGAUCUCUGCCUCUCUAAAGGGCAAAUAAUGUGGCACUAGCCACAGUAGAAUGAAGGCCAAAUUCUGACUCACUGCCCUCAUUCAGUCCCCUUUCUGCAAUGAUUCCGCUACCCUCACUAAAAAGCACUUUGUGCCACUUGGGUUAGGCUGCAGCAAGGA